CACGUGACGGCCGCUAUAAGAGCGGCGGGCUGCGGACUCCCGCCCUCCCCGCUAGCCGCGGUCCUUUCCCGGCACCCGGCUGCUCCGACCCACCCGGCCCUCCGCACUAUGACAGAUCAGGCCUUUGUGACGCUGACUACAAACGAUGCCUAUGCCAAAGGGGCCCUUGUCCUGGGCUCAUCUUUGAAACAGCAAAGAACUACCAGGAGGAUGGUUGUACUCAUCACCCCACAGGUCUCAGAAUCCAUGAGAAAAAUUUUAGAGACUAUCUUUGAUGAAGUCAUCAUGGUAGAUGUCUUGGACAGUGGUGAUUCUGCUCAUCUAACUUUAAUGAAGAGGCCUGAAUUGGGCAUCACACUGACAAAACUUCACUGCUGGUCACUUACUCAGUAUUCCAAAUGUGUGUUCAUGGAUGCAGAUACUUUGGUCCUCUCAAAUAUUGAUGAUCUUUUUGAAAGAGAAGAAUUGUCAGCAGCACCAGAUCCAGGGUGGCCUGACUGCUUCAAUUCUGGAGUCUUUGUCUAUCAACCCUCAAUUGAAACAUACAACCAGCUGUUGCGCCUUGCUUCUGAGCAAGGUAGUUUUGAUGGUGGGGACCAGGGCCUACUGAAUUCAUACUUUAGUGACUGGGCAACGACAGAUAUCAGGAAACACCUGCCAUUUGUGUAUAACCUGAGCAGCAUUUCAAUAUACUCCUACCUCCCGGCAUUUAAAGUGUUUGGUGCAAAUGCCAAAGUUGUGCACUUCCUCGGACAAAUCAAGCCAUGGAAUUACACUUACAGUUCCCAAACAAAAAGUGUCAAAUAUGAAUCUCAAGACCCAAGUGUGAGUCACCCAGAGUUUCUAAACCUGUGGUGGGACAUCUUCACCACCAGUGUUUUACCUCUGCUCCAACACUAUGGCCUUGUCAAAGAUGCCUCUUCCUAUCUAACGAUGCUUUCAGACUUGGUCUAUACACUGGCUUUCUCUUGUGGCUUCUGUAGAAAGGAGCAUGUCUCAAGAGCUUUGUCACACCUGUCCAUUGGGGAAACUCCAGCUACAACACAGCCUUCUAUGUCCUCAGAAGAAAGGAAGGAACGGUGGGAACAGGGCCAGGCUGAUUACAUGGGAGCAGAUUCUUUUGAUAACAUCAAGAGAAAACUUGACACUUACCUACAGUAGAAGCACUGCCAUUUCCCUGUGGACACAUCCACGUCUUAGGCACAUUUCUGAUACUUAGUAUGUGAAGCUGGUUGAAAAGUCUGUUAUAGUUGUUAGAGGCUUUCAACAAACCUCCUCAGAUGAAGGUGGGCAGGAUAAAAGGUGACAACUGGUCAGACAUUAUAAAGUACAUGGAUAAGUGCUGUUUAAUCCUAGACUUUUUCAGGAAUUCUUUAAUUCUUCAGUUGCCCACAUGUAUGGUAAAGGAAAGCCAGCAUUAAGCUAUUACAAUGGUUCUCCAAGAGGUGCAGAACUUGACUGUCCAUCUAUCUCACUUCAAACAAGAUAUGACACUGUCCCAUAUUUGCUUGUUGUUCCCUUCAUUAGACCUGCAGUUUAGAGUUGCCCAAAGCCUGCCAGAGAGCUAAUUCUAUUUCCAGGCUAAAGCAGCCUUUAUUAACACUGUGGAGUGAUUCAUAAGCCUACCAGCUACUGUUAGUUCACCAGUUUUCUAUGCACCCUGAAGGCAGCAUGCAGGCUCACCUUUUUUCCAGUUCUGUCUACUUGAAAAUUACAGUGUGCUCUCUGAUGGUUACCUAUGGUGGCAUUAUAUAAAAUAAAUAAAGACUUAUUGACAUAUCUUGGUUGUUUAAGUACUUCUCUACCUCACCCUUGGAAAAAAUCAUUCAGUAAUUUUUCAAAAUAUGUGCAAUUGCUCAGUUUGAAAACUACAAACCUUCACACUGGUAUAUGCUUUAAAAAUUAUCUAAGACAUUUAAAUCUAUUUUCCAGUGAUGGUAACAGAUAUUAUAUAUUAUAAUAUUAUAAUUAUAAAUAUAAUUAUAAAUAUAAUUAUAUCCUUGGUGAGUAUUCAGAGAGCUUGACUCUUAAAACCUUAAAAUUAUGAGGCCAUAUCAGUAAUUUUACUCUGUAAUCUUUCAGAAUUAUCUGACUCAGUCGUGGACCCAGUGAUCUCUAGCGUUUUAUAAAGAAAAACAAUAAAAAUAUGUUUGUUAGACUUCUGGGUGCCUGAAUCUAUGCAUUCAUUCAGUCACCCUAGAGCAAUGACCCACAGCACCAAUAGAGUGUAGGCUGCAAUGAGUGGCAAGCUGUGAAGCAUGGGGCCGAAAAUAAUCUUUUAUAACCAAAACAAGGUAUCACAUAUAUUUAAGCUGAAGAAAAUAAGAGAACAUGAAAGGGAAAAACAAGAUUUGAUGGUCCUUAUCUUCUUUUCUGUAAUAUCUUGUAGAUAUCAGUCAUUCAUACUCUGUGUGGCUGAAUGAAUAUACAAGGGUUUGGAUACCUUAAGACAAGAAUGACUAGGAAGCAACUCAGAGGCUAUAACAAGAAAUCCUUAACUUACUUAUUUAAAUUAUAAUAGUGAUAAAAUAUCUGAGACACUUGGACUGGUAGAUGAGUUGCUAUGAUCUUCUAGUAAAAGAAACAUUUACCAAAGGACUGAAAUGACUGCCACUCGUCGGAUCAUAUAAUGGAAUCACAAACCUCUUCAAGGUAAUUUGGCUAAGUCAUAUGCAUCUCUUCCUUUUUGGCUUCUGAGUCUGCUAGAAAUAAACAGAAGACCACCUCUAUUUUUGUGGCCAAGCAAUAUGUAAUCCAAAUAAAGUGUAUAGGAAAAAAUAUGACUGGAAAUAUUUUUUAAUUUAGAAAAGAUUUAUAAACAUCAAAUUCUGUGAAAUCAAGCACUGAAUUGUUGGUCGUUCUUUAUUAUUAUUUUUAUUUUUGUUUUGUUUUGAGGACAGGGUUUUUCUGUAGCUUUGAAGCCUGUCCUAGAACUCACUCUGUAGACCAGGCUAGCCUGAAACUCACAA